GUUUAGUACUCCCCUGGGGGGGUCUGGGGGGGGACCCCCCGGGACAGGGCCCCAGCCACGCGCGGAGCGCAGGCGGAAGUCCGCAGAAGACGGCCGCAUUUCUGCAGACGCGCUUCUGGGAGGCACGCACGGGCGGCUCCAAGAGGGUCCGCAAGAUGACCCAAGAGGGCCACGAGUCGCCGAGAGCUCGGUCCAAGACGCCCAAGAUGGGCCCAAGACGGCCCAAGAGGCCUCCGUAGCCAUUUUGGCUCAAGCCAUUUUGGCUCAAGCGGCUUUGGCCCAAGUCAGUUUGGCUUGAGGUGUCGAGACACACUCGGCCAGGCUCGCUCUUCUCAGCUGGCGUCCUGCUUGUCGCGCGAAUGGCUCUGCACCGUGGACGGCGUGCUGGCGGAAUGUUUCAGAUUGUCCUGUCAGCUGCUGUGUGCAGCCACGGAGCCCUGUUCCUGUGCAGCUUCGCUUCUGCGGGCAGGUCGGCGAGGCGUCUGCAGGAGAGCACGCGUGAUCCAGUUCGCGGUCAGGGUGCCUGGCCGCGAUGCGUUCUGAGGAAGCGGAGAUAUGCUCGAGAUGUGCGCUGCCUCUACAUGUCCCCCUCGAGUCUCAUGAGGAACAUCCAAGCCGCACAGACGUGUGACGAGCUCUUCAGCCUGUCCGGGCACGAGGACACCAAUAUGUUGCACCGGGCAUCGAUCCUGCUUCAGCUGUCAAGGUUGAACUUCAAGACCUCGAGUCGGGUGGGGCAGAUGAGUGUAUGGAAAAACUUGCUCUUCAUGGUGAUGGGGGACAUUCCGGGCUGGAAGUCGAGCAGCAGUUUCAAGAACCGCCAGAUCAGUCGUAAUGCUUGGACCGAGAGGGGGCACUACCUGGGCAAUGUGGUAUAUAGUCUGGGACGCCUAGACGGCGUCGUCUCCGCGGGCCUUUCCGAAGGCGAGCAUGCCCUUCUUCGUGAGCAUACAACCCUGGCGGUGCUGGAAGCCCUGCCAGAUCUGAUAAAGAAUAAUCAGACCGAUCCGUUGGGCGAAAUUGUAUUCGGCCUGAGCAUGACUGAAAGGAAUCUCCAGACGGACGAGAUAUUCCGGACCCUUGCGCCGCAUAUCCCAGAUCUCAUCCGCGCAGGCCGAAGCAGGGACCUCAGCCUCGUCAGUAUUGUUGGCGCGUACUCUUUGUAUGCGUUGCCUGAUCCUGUGAUUGUGGACAUGUUUGUUGAAUUGAAGGGUAUGGUCAGCGAGCUUUCAACUAGUGACCCUUACUUUGUCAGCAUUUGUUCCAGGAUUUGUAAGGCUUAUGUGAGAUACGAGGCUCUUUGUGCCAGGGCCGUUGACAAUGUGAACACGUACUCCGUCUUUCUUGUGAAACGUGACCCAAACGAUGGGCUCGGCAUUGCGAUGCGGCCAAGGAAUAGCCAACGUGCAAUCGAGGUCGUGAAGAUCGCCAGAGGUCUAGUGAGUAGAUGGAACAGGCUCUACCCAGCUUGGAUGGUGCAAGAGGAGGAUGAAAUCAUCAAAGCCAAUGCUGUCGCUGGUGAUGUCAAGUCGGUUGUCGAAGAGAUUCGAAGCAGCAGCGAAGUCAUGCUGACAAUACGGCGCAAGCGGGUAACAUUGCGGAAGUUGGCAGAUCCAGAGGCGAUGAAGGAUAAGGCUAUGAUCAAAUCUCUCGCGAUGAAGUUUGUUGAAUCAUGCACACGCUACACGGACGAACCUCCAAUGCUAUCUAUCAUUGGUCUACUCACCGGCACGGUUCUCUUUGAUGCAGACGUCGAACCAUUUUAUACCUACGUGGCUCCACACCUGAAAGCCAUGAUUCCAAGGGCAAAUUUUUACAACGCAGCUCAUAUCCUUUGGCUUUUGAGUCUGAAAAAUGUGUUCCACGACAAGUCCAUUGUCAAGGGUCUUGCCAAUCGAGUUGUAGUGCCUCUCCGAAGUAUCGCCAUCGCCGACAAACAUAAGAGCUAUAUCCCUUGCAUAGUCAACGCGCUGAAGAUGUUACGUUUUGAGUCCUCAUCAGAGGUCAUGCAGGAAUUAAAGUCGGCAGCGCAGCAAGUUGGUAUCACCGACCAGGAACUGGAUAGUCCUCAAAACCCCGUGCGUUUAUUUUUAAGAGGCGAAGAUUAGGCGCCGACUCGAUGCCCUCGACAUUCAGGCAGAUUACGUGCUCGGCUUGCUGGUGUGAGGUGUGUGGCUUGUCGAUUGUGCGCGUAUGGAGGAGUGAAGGUGAACGUGUAGUCUAUAGUACGGAACACUGAGGAAGCUCCAGCACUGCACCCGAA